CGCCUUCCUCCCGCCUCGCCCUCCGCCUCCGUCCGCGCCUCGCUCGCGUCCCCGCGUCCUCCCCACCAACCCCGGAGGUGUCGGCCGCCCGCGCUCGCGCCAGCGCCAGCGCCAGCCAGAUAUCGUAUCGCCCCAGAAGUUGGAAGUGCUGUUGAGGGAGUAACUCUGUAGCAGCUGUUUGACAGAAGAGAGGACAUUUACUGGAAUAAAAUGGAGGCCUCAGUAAUACUACCCAUUCUGAAGAAAAAACUUGCGUUCCUUUCAGGAGGAAAGGACAGACGGAGUGGCCUCAUUCUGACAAUUCCAUUAUGCCUGGAACAGACAAAUAUGGACGAGCUGAGUGUUACCUUAGACUACCUACUCAGCAUUCCAAGUGAAAAGUGUAAGGCUAGAGGAUUUACCGUGAUUGUGGAUGGCAGAAAAUCACAGUGGAAUGUGGUGAAAACAGUAGUCUUAAUGCUACAGAAUGUUGUUCCAGCUGAGGUGUCCCUUGUUUGUGUAGUGAAGCCUGAUGAAUUCUGGGAUAAGAAAGUAACACAUUUUUGUUUUUGGAAAGAGAAGGAUAGACUUGGCUUUGAGGUUAUUUUAGUGUCUGCCAAUAAAUUGACUCGUUACAUAGAACCAUGCCAGUUAACAGAAGAUUUUGGCGGGAGUCUCACCUAUGAUCACAUGGACUGGUUAAAUAAGAGACUGGUAUUCGAGAAGUUUACAAAGGAAUCUACAUCAUUACUAGAUGAACUUGCUUUGAUUAACAAUGGAAGUGAUAAAGGAAAUCAGCAAGAGAAAGAAAGGUCUGUGGAUUUAAACUUUCUUCCAUCAGUUGAUCCUGAAACAGUUCUCCAGACAGGGCAUGAAUUGUUGUCCGAAUUACAGCAGCGUCGAUUUAAUGGCUCAGAUGGAGGGGUCUCAUGGUCUCCUAUGGAUGAUGAACUGCUGGCCCAGCCACAGGUUAUGAAAUUAUUAGAUUCUCUGAGAGAACAAUAUACUCGAUACCAGGAAGUUUGUAGACAACGUAGUAAGCGUACACAGUUAGAGGAGAUUCAGCAGAAGGUGAUGCAGGUUGUAAACUGGCUUGAAGGUCCUGGAUCAGAACAACUACGAGCCCAGUGGGGGAUUGGAGACUCCAUCCGAGCCUCCCAGGCCCUACAGCAGAAGCAUGAAGAGAUUGAGAGCCAGCACAGUGAAUGGUUUGCAGUGUAUGUGGAACUUAAUCAGCAAAUUGCAGCACUCUUAAAUGCUGGGGACGAGGAAGAUCUUGUGGAACUGAAGUCACUGCAGCAACAACUUAGUGAUGUUUGCUAUCGACAGGCCAGUCAACUGGAAUUUAGGCAGAAUCUCUUACAAGCAGCUCUUGAAUUUCAUGGUGUUGCCCAAGAUUUGUCUCAGCAGUUGGAUGGCUUAUUAGGGAUGUUGUGCGUAGAUGUAGCACCAGCUGAUGGAGCAUCGAUUCAGCAGACUUUAAAACUGCUUGAAGAGAAGCUGAAAAGUGUUGAUGUAGGAUUACAAGGUUUGCGUGAAAAAGGUCAAGGACUUCUGGAUCAGAUCUCCAAUCAGGCAUCCUGGGCCUAUGGAAAGGAUGUAACCAUUGAAAAUAAAGAAAAUGUGGACCACAUACAAGGAGUGAUGGAAGAUAUGCAGCUUAGGAAACAAAGAUGUGAAGACAUGGUGGAUGUGCGAAGGUUAAAGAUGCUUCAAAUGGUGCAGUUGUUUAAAUGUGAAGAAGAUGCUGCCCAGGCAGUAGAAUGGCUAAGUGAACUUCUGGAUGCCCUUCUUAAGACCCACAUCAGAUUGGGUGAUGAUGCUCAGGAAACGAAAGUUUUACUAGAAAAGCAUAGAAAAUUUGUUGAUGUUGCACAGAGCACUUAUGACUACGGCAGACAGUUGCUACAGGCCACGGUGGUGUUGUGCCAGUCUCUGCGCUGCACAUCUCGGUCAUCUGGAGACACACUUCCUCGACUGAACAGAGUAUGGAAACAAUUUACAAUAGCAUCUGAAGAGAGAGUGCAUAGGCUGGAAAUGGCUAUUGCAUUUCACUCAAAUGCUGAAAAGAUUUUGCAAGACUGUCCAGAAGAGCCUGAAGCUAUUAAUGAUGAGGAGCAAUUUGAUGAGAUUGAAGCAGUUGGGAAAUCACUUUUGGAUAGAUUAACUGUUCCUGUAGUUUAUCCUGAUGGAACUGAACAGUAUUUUGGGAGUCCAAGUGACAUGGCUUCCACUGCAGAACACAUCAGAGACAGGAUGAAACUGGUUAGUCUCAAAAGGCAGCAGCUGAGACAUCCCGAAAUGAUGACCACAGAGAGCUAAUAGCUACCAGCUUCCCACAAAUCUACAGUUCAUAAUCCCGCAUGUUGUUGGCAUACUACAGCAUUAGCCGCAAUACAUUAAGAUACAUUUCACAGCCAGGAUAAGCCUAUUUUUUUCCAUUUUACAUUUCUUUCUACACGUUAACACCUUGCAACUACAAGGCAUCAUUACUUAACUUGCUUUGAGACCAUAGACUCCAAGUAUCUUAAAAGAAGGAACUGUAAACAUUGCACUGAAAACACUUGCUUUAAAGCUUUACCUGACCUGUCAAUUUGUAGGUGAACAACUGAUAAUAAGCGUUGAAUGGUGCUAAUAAGAGUUUUAAGAAUUCUCUAUAUAAAAAAUGGUUGACCUUCCUCCCCAGGUGAUGUAGUAAAUUUAGACUAUAGUUAAAUUGUUAUUAGUAGACAGUGGUGUACUCAAAGAUUUUACUUUGUAAUUCUUCUUCAAAAUUGAUUAUUUUUAUUGUGUCAGUAUAAAGAAAACUUUCAGAUCUUUGAUAUAUCAUAUUCAUUAAAGGACAAUUUGUAUUGAUAAUGUAUUAAAAGUUGUUUGUGCUUAAUAAAAGGCUUCUUUUAAACAUCUUAUUUAAUUUGGUGGUUAUAUCCUGUUUCCAAACAUGAGUGCCUUAUUUAAAAGGGCAUUCUUAGGAUUGUGAGGAUGGUUUAAUAUUUGUUCUUUCAUGUUGUUUGCAUGUGUUUUAGCCAGGAAAUUCAUAUGUAAGCAUGUGUAUAUAAUAAAUAAGCAUGUUUAAUACUGAAAAAUAAUUGUGAAGAGCAAUUUAGAUCUUAACUUAAAAAUAAUGGAAUACUAUUUCUAAUUGUUCUUCUCUUCAAGUUGAAAAUAUCCAAAUUAUUAACAACCCUAAAGAUACUUUUGUCUUUGAGGAGGAGGGCUGGGGAAGAAGGCAUACAUAAUUACUUAAGUAUAAUCCUGUAUAUCAGAGUAAUCUUUCUGGAUUGAAUAUGGCAAUUGUUAAUAAAGUUUAAUUUCUCAUGAUAAAUGAAGCAAAAUUCUGAAGCAGUCUAAUAACAAAAAUUGUACAAGUCUUUUAGAGAGAUAAAAUUUAUAAAAUGUUAGUGCUUUUAAGUUUAUAUUAAGUUUAAAUGGUAAAAUACAUAUUUUUGUGUUCAUUUUUUUUUCAGAAAAUGUUUUUGAAAAAGAUUAAAAAUAAUUUUUAGCUAUGAUUAAUACAGAAUUAUGCAAAGAAUUGUAUGCUGGUUCCUUUUUCAUGUCCACAAAAAUGUUCAUGUAUCCUCUAAAGCAAAAAACUCCCUCUCAGCCUGUUGGUUUCUCCAGCCUUCUUCACUGCCAGACCUCUUGGAGAAAUCCAUAUCAUUCCCUCUGCAUCCUUAUCACUCACUGUUCAACACCUUGCAGUCUGGUUUUAUACACUUCAGUGAAACUGUUCUCAGUGGACUCUCAGUUACAGAAUUGAAUGAUUGUUUCUUUCAGUCUGGAUUACUUAUCCUUCUCUCUCUGUAAUAUUUACACCAUUGAGCAGCCUUUCCUAAAUGGUGUCCCUUGAAGAUAUCAUCCUCUGCCAUAACUUUGAGUGCAGUCACAUACUUCUACUUAAAGUGUAUCUACUAAAAUACACUCUCAGAUUCUGUCUUCAGAAUGCUUCUGGAACGAUCUCAUCCUUAGGUUUCUGUGUUAUCCAUGUUUUGUGUUCCAUAUCUGGUCCAAAAUUUCAGACCCAUACUUUCAACUACCUACUUGUCAUUUCAGCCUAGAGAAGUCAUCCUGUUUUUUCACUUUUGUUCUCGCUGAGCAAUUUGGUUAAUUUUUUUCUAAUCAGCCAUACCAGAAAAUCUGGGAGCGAUGCCUAAUUCCUCCCUUUUUUCUUAUGCUGCCACUGCUUCUGAGAACAUUCUAGAAAUUCCUUCUAUAUUUGAUAUCUUCUCAGUCUUUUAGGACUUAACUUCUGAGUAUAAACUUUUGUGAUUCUUCAUUUCAGUCUUCAUAAUGGUGCUAACCACAUGCUACAAUUGUUUAUUGAUGCCUUUGCCUCCUACGUCAUAAUCUCUGUUGAAGGGAUUUUGUGGGAUUCUCCUCUUCCCAGGCUUUUGCUCAUAUGUAAUAAUUGCUCACUUCCUCUGUAUGUGAAUGGUCUGUUGUAGGCAUUAGUAAUAAUCCCCCCUAUAUUGCAGUCUGAAGUGUGUUUUAAAUAUGCUUCCUAAAAUUAUGACUGACUUAUGAAUUAAACCACUCAUCAGGAAGUCGUUUGGUAUUUUAGAUACUUAUGUAUUAAGUAAUAUAGAUAUUUAGUUACACUCAAUAUCCUACUGAAUUUCAGAGUAGUAAGAAUGUUUUUAUUAAGACUUUGCUAGAAAGGAACUGCACUAUAAGUAAUGGGACUCUUGGUUUUAUCAUCAACUCGACUACUUACUGUCCAGUAAGUUAAUUUUUAAUAUGCCUUAAGCAAUCCAGCCUACAGCAAGAGUAAAAUAAGGCAUCAUCUGGAAAUGUUACUUGUAAUUUGAGGAUUUCAGAUGAAACCAAAUAUGCUUUUGACAUAAUACUGUUGCUCUUCAUUUGUAAAUUUGCUGCUACUUUCUAUAUGUAUAUCUGUAUGUAUACAUACAGUGAUGAUUAAAAACCCAACAGUGUCCUAAUGUGGUUUUUUUUUUUUCAUAGCGUUACUUAGAGUACAUGUGAAGGAAGUGACAGAAGUCUGUUUGAAAGCAUGAGUUCUUUGUUCAUCGUGAAUUAAUGUUGGCCCACAAAUUGAGAAAGAACCAUCAUUUGUAUAUGCCACAACUUUCCACAUUACUUUGCUCAUCUCAGGGAAUUCUUGAAGUGUUAAUUGGGCUAGUUUUGUUUUGUUUUUUGUUUGUUCUGGUUUGGGGGAUUUUUUUUUUUCUCUUGCCUACUUACUAUAUAUUUGCUCCUCUAUAAACUCAGUACAUAAUAGUUUUGACAUCUGUUCUUCACACGUCUCACCCAGCAGAGCUAAGAUGCAAAGAUGGUAACUUUAUUUCAGAUAAAAUUAACUUCAUUCCCAGUCCUUAUUGGUGACCUUAUUCUGCUAAGGUGACUCAUUGAUGAUGGUGAUGAAACUGCUCAGCCUGCCCAGCCAGGAUGUUGAUGGCAGGUCUAGGCUUCAUUACUGUGUGGAAGAUUGAAUACUACUAUCACUUUGUAGGCAUUUAAAUUGGCCAGUGCUCCCAAGUGUUAACUAGUAUUAAUGUGUUGUUUCAUUACCCUAUCAGUUGAAAUAUGGGGUGUGCUAUUUAGUUUGUUGUUACUGUUGGUGGCAUACAUUUAAGGUGAACAUGACGAUUACAUUCUGAUAGUGGUGAGCUAACCAUACUCUCUGUUGUAAACCUGUUUGUAACCAACAGCACGACUGUGAGAUUAGCUGAACAGAACUCACUGUAUAGUCUACAGUCAGAGAACUCGGAAUUCUCUCCUGCAUUGUAAUGUUCUUUGCCAGAGAGAUUGGAUAUUGCUGUGUACUCUUCCUAUCCUGUGGUUCCUAAGAACUAAACAUGCUCUGGUUGUGAAAGUCCUCCACAUAUUGAGUUUACUGAAAAUGGCAUGGGAAACUAACAUAAGUAUCAUCAGUGACAAGAGUUACAUGGUUGAGGUAUCUUUGGUUAAACCCCCAAAGGAAGAAUUCCCUAAUUAAGGAGAUAGGCUGGAACAUACGUAGCCAGUUAACCCAAUUAGUAGACUUAGCACUGUUAACUUUCGGUUCUGAAAAUAAAAAUCUUCAGUUAGAGGUGGAAAUAUACUUCUGCUGUGGAGGGCAACAAAUACCUUUAUAAGGCAAAAUUAAGUAUUGAUUUAACAUCUGACAUUACGCAGCUUUAGUAUGUGCUAUGGAAACAUCUAUGUUUAGCUAAGAAGCAUAAGUAAUGGCAAACAUGUUAAAGAUCAUAAAAAAGCCAAAGUAAGAACUGUAGUGAAUAUAAAUGGAAUGAGUUUGGAGUUUGAAUAUCUGGCUCAAAAUCUGGCUUUGCCAUUUACUGACCCUUAUAAAAAUGGCUAAACUUCUCUGGGUCUGUAAAUAUAAUCAUAUUAAAAAAAUAGUUUGAAAACUACAAUAUUAUCCAAAGUGGAAGGAAUUAUUAAUAUUAUCUUCUCAGAAUAGAAAGUAGAGCAUCUUUAAUGUUGCUCUUGUCUCUGAUGACGAGCAUGGGGUCAUGAGGGAAAUGGCACUAUGCUCACCUCUCUGAGCUCCAUUUCCCUUGCAUUCAGAAUUACGUACUGGAAAUACUAAGGGUGGAGUCGAUGAGCUCAUCAGUAAGAAACAAGACUUUUAAAUCUGACAGAUUUAACUCUUUUAUGGCAGGAUGAUAGACCAGCGAAAUGGAAGACAAGUGAGGAUUAUCAUCUACUUAGAGGGUGACAGGACAUGACACAGUGGCAUUAAUAAAUAAGUAAGUAAAAAUCAUACUCAGAGUGGAUUUCAGAGAGUCAGCACCAGCCGGUGGAAACAACAAAAGCACAAAGCUGUUAAAAGUAUCCUAAUAAUCAACAAGCAUGACUUGAGACCACCAUUAGUACUGUUACGGUUAGAAAAGAGCAAUCUUGAUAAAUUUGAGCAGUGUUAAUGAAAAAGACUGGUCCUGUCAUCGACUGCUAGAACUAGGGAUGCUCCAUGAAAUAGCAUAAAUGCAGGGGGAGGUUUUAAGACUAAAAAGAUUCGUAGAUAUGAUCCUGAAUAACAUGACUGCAGUAUUUUAAAGCAAACUUGAAAGCUUGACAGCGCUAGUCCAUGUGCUUCAAGAAAAGCAGAGCCUGUACUAGAACAUGAAGCACUUAGAGAACCAAGAUUAUUUGGUUAUUUUUGUUAGAGAACCCUUAGGCUGUGUGUGUGUGUUGUGUGUGUAUGUGUAUAUAUAUAUUCCUUAUACAGUUCUUUAGAAAUUCUUAGCAAACACCUAAAGAUAGUUAGCAGCCACUAAAUAAUAAGCACAGUAUUGUUAAUGGGUUUUAAGUCAGGCAUGUGGAAAACUACUUCUGACAAAAGGCUAAUGAAGUCUGAAGCUAGUCUUCGUGAAUCUCAAGGAGUAGCCUUAGAAAUAUUUAUAAGUUACAUGCCAUCACUUCAGGGCAUCCCCAAAUGAGUCCCUCCUUUGAGAGACAGGAUAAUUCAGAUGUCCUUCCACUCAAAACAUAGGGGCCUGUCUGUAUGAUCAAACCUUACACUGUGUUUUGGGUCUACACAUCUUUUAUUAUAGUUGCCGUAGUUCUUUUUUAGUUUAGAAGUCAGGUAAAAAUUUCUGUGCUUGAUUUUUCUCUUAAGAAUGUUUCAUCAUCUUAACUCUUAUAUUAGUCUACACAGCCAACAAAUUUAUUGAGAAUAAAUGACAUAUAUAUAUAUAUAUAUAUAUAUAUAUAUAAUCAAAAUGUAACUGACAGUUUUGAGCAAGUAUAGAUUUGAGAGCUGACUUGUCACCUCACACACUCAGGAAUAUCUAAAACAAGCUCUUAAAUUUCUACAUUAACACUGAUUGGAAGAAUUUGAUGAUUAUCUUGCCAUGAGAUCAAUAAUGUAAUUCUCAGUGGCAUUACUUGGUAAGUGUUGCACCGUGGAAUUUUUCUUCCAACAUUUUAUGAAAUCUUGCAAACAUACAAAAUUAAAAUUUUACAGUGUAUCAGCCACGCGGACGCUAGUUAGCAUUAACUAUGCUUGCAUUAUCAUCUCCUCUGACAGUUCAUCCAAGUGCAGGCAUCUUCACUUUUCCUACUAAUAACUUCAGCAUACAUAUCACUAACUCUAGAGCUCAGUAUGUGCUUAACCACUUUUUUUUUAUGUAAAAUUAGCAUACAAUGAAGUGCAUAAAUCUUAAGUGUGCAUCUCUUAGUUUUGGAAAAUGUAUACAGUGCUAUCAAAAUAUAUAAUCAGAAAAUUCCCCUCUGACCCUUUCUAGUCAAUCCUUGACCCCACUCCACCCUCCCAAAGGCAACCACUGUCCUUUUGUCUACCACGAAUCAAAUUUCUCUCUUCUAGAUCUUUAUGUAAAUAGGGCCACACAGCAUGUACUCUUUCUAGAAGCCUCUUCCCUUGCCAUGGUUUGAAAAUAUAUCCACAUUGUUAGGUGUUUCAGUAGUUUAUUACUUUUUAUUGCGGAGUAGUAUUCCAUUGUAUGACUAUAUUGCAAUUUAUCCAUUUUUCUAUUUAUGAAUACCUGGGCUGUUUCCAGCAUUAGUAGUUAUAAAUAAAGCUGCUAUGAUUAUUCUUAAUGUAAGUCUUAUGUAAAGAUAAGCUUUUGUUUCUCUUGGGUGAGUACCUAGGAUUAGAGUUUCUGUGUCAUAGGGUAGUUUUAAAAGAAACGGCUAUACUUUUCCCAAUGUGGUUAUACUGUGUCCUGGAUUUUCACUAUAUUUUGGAUGUGUAGAAAGGUGUAAACUAUUUUUAUGAUUCAUAUUUGAAAUAUUAGAAGUGGGUUUGUGAUAGAAAUGGCAUUAACGCUUGGCAGUUGGUGUUCUUUGAGGAAAGAAAUACCUGUCUGCCCUAAACAGCACCCAACAGGUUCCUAUACCUGAAAUUUUAGCAUUAGUUUCACUUCUUGAAGGAUUAAAGCAUUUCCCAAGCAUGGUGAUAUCUUAGCUAGAAGAAACAGCACUGGUUUAUCUUACUAACUUUUUCCACCCGUUUUCAGUAGGUAAAGUAAGACCAAUUAAACAAAAGAUUACUUCUGUUCAAUUGAGGUAGAAGGGGUAGUGAAAAAUGUGUGCUACUAGUCUGUCCUGAGUACAGCAAUGUGAUAGAGCGCCAUCUGGAUGGGAAAGGCCCCCAACUAGUGGUCAAGAAACCAGAAAACGGUGGGAAGAAUUCUACCUCACAGUUGUGAUAGGGGAUAGCUAUGUUUUUGCAGGACAUUUUAGCCUUUACAAAUCAUAUUUCCUGUGUUGUCUUUUUGUUUAGUACCACCUAGUUAUAGUUAUUUUACACCCCAGUGACUUUCUUAUUCACUGUUUUACCCUUCCUGCCUGUUAUAUUACAUACAGCAAUUACUUGUAUAAGCCUGUGAAAUUAUGAUCAUAUGUAUGUUUCUAAUGCUUAUGUUCAAAGAUACUUAUGUAUGGUUCAUCCAAUCUUUCCUAUUCAAUUUUUAAGGGCUGGGAUAUUUGGCCUCUAUUGUAAAUCCCUAUAAUGUUCCACACAUUGUAAAUGCAAUAAAGAUGUUAAAAACUAUUAAUAAUGGCAGUAUAUUUUGAUAUGUAUUUCUUUGAUAUGUUAUCACUUUGGACAAUAAUUUUGGUUUCUGUUAAUAAAGAUCGUUCAUAAAAUCUA